AUGCCUGCCCAACCCAAGAUUCACUUGGUCCGCCACGCCCAGGGCUUCCACAACUUGGGCUCUGAAUUCCACUCUCUACAUGACCCGCGUCUCACGCCGCUGGGGGAGUCGCAAUGCGCCACCCUCCAAGAAAGGCACUGGCCCGCCGAGCGGCAGCAAUCCCUCUCCCUGAUCACCGCCUCACCUCUAAAGAGAACGCUUCACACCGCCUUGCUCACCUUCUCGCCGGCCUUGAAAUCAAACGCCAAGUGUAAGCCGGCCAUCCUCGCCAUCCCCGACGCACAAGAAACGUCCGACUUUCCCUGCGACACGGGCUCGGACCUCGACGUCCUGCGAAGUUUCUGCGCCGAGCAGGACUGGCCGGUCGACCUCUCCCUCGUAACGGAGUCGUGGAAUGUUAAAACAUUGAACAACCGCUAUUCGCCCGCGAGCCAGGCCAUCAAAGCCCGCGCGAGAGACUGCCGCCGCCUCCUCCGCCAGAAGGCCCGCGAACUGGUCGAGAGUGGCGACGACAACGUCGAGAUUGCCCUCGUCACGCACGGCGCAUACCUUCACUAUCUCACCAACGACUGGGAAGACGCCACCAAGCUCUCCGGUACAGGGUGGGAGAACACUGAGCACCGCACGUAUCACUUCGAACACGCCUUCGACUCGGACUCAGACGAGGACGCGUUCCUGACGGAGACAAUGGAGAGCCGGCAGCGGCGCGGCGUUAACCACCCGAUGCAGCCCCAUAGCAAGCAGCAUGAGCUGUUCCAGCGAAUGAUGCAAGGGUGGGAGGACCAGGGACUGCCGAACCCGAGCAAGCUGUCUCAUGCUGCCGUCGCUGACGAAGAGAUCAUCGAGGAGCAGGAGAAGUCGGGCCAAGAGCCGGCCGACGCCGAGAGGCACAUCACUAUGGCUGCGGACGAGGUGCAGCCCCAGCCUGCCAGCGUGCAGGUGACAGCAUAG